AUGUCCAACGUCAACGUACUGUCUAAUCUGGGUGGGUUAAUUUUCAACGAAGUCGUCACCAAAGAUCUUAAAAGGCAGUGCAGCAAGCCUCUGCUGAAUUCCACGAAGAAGGAAGGCAAUUGGUUCUCUAGUGGUGGGGAGGACUUUGACUGUACGUACAAGGCCCAGGAGCCGAAGCCUCUGACCAUCAGCUGCUUCAAGAUGUCCGAGAGGAGUGGACGAGUUAAGUUAGUCGAUACGUCUAACGCUCGUAAUACGCUACCUAGUGAGACUCCGAUCCUACUUCUAUGA